GAAUUACUGGUAUAUUAAGAAGCACAUAGCCUAUCACUUUCUGCAAGUAUCAACGCUAACACAGACCAGACCAAAUAUUUUGAUUAAGUUAGGAAUCGAGCAUAAGAUUUGUGACGGAUACAUACACCACCUAUGGUAAUGGGAUGAAGAAAUUUUAAUGUUGAAACCAUGUUUCGAGGGGAACAGCGAUUCAGUUACCCGGCCCGAUUGAAACAUGGGUGGUUUUACAGAAACCGGUCAUUGUCAUGGAGUCACCGCACGUGAGUACUAUAUUACAAUGUCCCCGUAUUUGCUAAUUUGUAGUACGUAAUUGACAAGCCAUGGAGGAGCGCGGAGGGGUGAAUUUAGCCCAGUGCAUUCGAGAGAAAUUCAACUAGAUUCAUCCAUUUGUAUGAAUUGUUGGUUGCUAUGGUUUGCUGUGCCUGUGGUUGUCCGGGCUUGUAAUAUUGUUAGACUGGCUUUGACAGGUGCCCCACUGGUAUGUAAACUCAUUACAUUCAAGAACCGACUGUGCCUUUAUUUGCAUGCCUCAGGUCGGAGUACGUAUCCAUGUACUGGUAUGACUCCUGAUCCUCCUGUCGCAUACCUAGCAUUAAGAACAAAGAAUGGAAAUAAAGUUUAAUAAAAAAAAAGGAAAGGGGAAACAGGAACAAGAAGUAAAAAUGUCAGAGUUUCUUUUUGAAUGAUCAGCAUUCUAUAUACUCCGCACAUCCGGUAUAUGUAUUGUAGAUAUCGGGAUCAUUGAAUUCGAGAAAUACCCUAGAACAAGAUGUAGCGUCCCAUAUAUUAACGAUCUCUAGAAUCUAGGCACAUGACAUCACUGAAAGUCGUUG